AUGUCUACCAUUGGUGAUGAGUAUGAGGCAUUAGAAGUUAUUGGUAAAGGAUCCUUUGGGAUCGUAAGGAAGGUCAGACAAAAGAGUGAUGGCAAAAUGUUUGUCAGAAAGGAGAUCGAAUAUACUUCGAUGAAUAGCCAAGAGAGAAAUCAAUUGAUAUCAGAGUUAAGAAUCUUAAGAGAAUUGAAUCAUCCUAACAUUGUGAAGUAUUGUAGACACGAUCAUAUAAUAAGUAAGAAGUCCAUACAUAUAUAUAUGGAAUAUUGUGAUGGAGGUGAUUUAGGUCAAGUUAUCAAUAAUUUCAAGAAGAAUAAAGAAACAGUCCCUGAAGAAUUCAUUUGGCAAGUUUUGGUACAAACCUUAUUAGCUUUACAUAAAUGUCAUUAUGGAUUUGAUGCCAAAAAGGUUAAUUUAUUCCAAACUGAAGAAAUCGAACCUUCAAUAAACUCAGAAACAGUUAUUAUUCAUAGAGAUAUUAAACCUGAUAAUAUCUUUAUGUUGAAUAGUGGGAAAACCAUUAAGGUAGGAGAUUUUGGAUUAGCCAAGAUGUUAACUUCCCAGAAUGAUUUUGCAAAGACUUAUGUCGGAACUCCAUAUUAUAUGUCACCUGAAGUAUUGAUGGAUAACCCUUAUAGUCCAGUUUGUGAUAUUUGGUCAUUAGGAUGUGUUUUAUUUGAAUUAUGUACUUUACAACCUCCAUUCCAAGCCAAGACUCAUUUACAAUUACAAACCAAGAUCAAGAAAGGAAUUAUUCCUGAAUUACCAUCAAUUUACUCUCAGCAAUUAACUACCAUCAUUAAAGAUUGUAUAACGGUUGAUGCUGAAUUGAGACCUUCAUGUUUUGAUUUGUUACAAAUUUUACCUGUUAGAUUUUUAAGAAAAGAAAUGGAAUUAAAAGAAAUCAAUGUUGAUUUAAGUAACUUCCAAAAUCAGUUAUUAUCAAAAAGUGAAGAAUUAAGUAAGAAAGAGACUUAUUUGAAUAAUUUAGAAACUAAAGUCAUGAAUUCCAAGACUGAAUUACAGGAAGGUUUCAAUAACUUACAGAAUUUACAAAAGAAAUAUAAUCUCCAGAAACAGAAUUUAGAAAAUGAAUUACUUGAAGAAUUUGAAAAUAGGAAAAAGUUAAUGGAUCAAGAAGCUAAGGAAGUAAGAUUGAAUUAUCAAAGAGAAUUCAAAUUAGUAGUUGAACAAGAAGUUCAACAAAGAAUAAAAGAUAUCUUAAACAAUGGUUUUAAGAGUAAUUCCAAUACUAGUUUAUCCAGUUUGAAUAAUGAAUUGAUAAGGAAGAAAUCUGAUCCUAAAACUUUCAAUCUUCAACAACAAGAUGUUUCGACGACCCAAGCAAAGAAUUUCUUACACCAAAAUCAAAAUUCAAAUUAUUAUGACGUUUCACCAAGUAAACCAAGAGGACCUAAAGAAUUACAUGAUGAUAAUAAUCGUAGAGUUCCUUUAAAAAUCAGAAAUGAUUUUGAUGAAUACGAAUACAACCAGAAAUUGAAUUCUCCUCCAGUUCAAUACAAUCAAAAAUUUAAUAAUUAUAAAAAGAGAGUCACUGAUGAAUUAGAAAGAUUAACACUCGAAAAAAGACAUGUACCAGAAUUCGAAGAAGUAUAUAGAAAAAAUUAUCGUCAUUAG